AAGAAAUUCAAGCACGUUGUAAUAUUUAAACUCCCCAAAAUUUUAAAUUUUUAGCAGCUAGGAGAAAAUCUGAGCCAUUUCUUGCUUUUUAAUCAGUUUCAGAUUGUAAGAAACGAUGGAGCAGUCUCAGAGACCAGUACCGUAGACAUGUUGUCAAUAGAAGUAGAAGUGGCGACCCGGCUAAGAAAAAGGCAAAAUGGAGGUAUGAGGAUGUAAUGUCAUUUUUGAAGGGGUCCAUGCGAGAAAGAGGCCAGAAGUCCAAUUUGGCGGAAGAGGAUACUUCAGACGUCAUCGGCAUCGAAAAUGACGAAACACAAUUUUCCGACUCUGAAGAAACUGAGUUUCCUGAAAAUUUUGAGUCAAAUGAUGGUCCAGUGCCACCAAUAGUACCUACGACUUCGUCAGCACCUCCUCCUGUAGCAACUGUCUCAACUACCCCUUCAACAUCCGCCUCUGCAGCUGGAAAAAACGACUCUCUCGCCCCUACCUCGCAGAAGAAGGAAAAAACUAAAACCCCGCCUAUCAAACAAACGGCAAGCAGUCAAGUCCUGCAAGCGUACUUAGCUUCGAAGAAGAAGCCCGAGGAUGAUCAUUUGUCCAAGUUUUUUGCGGCUAUGGAAGCGACAGUAAGGAAAAUGAAGCCCAUUUUUCAGAUUAAAGUAAAGGCACAGGUGAGUUCAAUAAUUGCAGAUUUUGAGAUGCAAUCACUUUUAAGUGAGGAGGCUUCAAAUCAUGCUGUUCCUUCUACCCACACAACCACCCGUUCCAAUUUUUUCGCACAAUAUCCUCCUGUCCCUCCGUCACCCUCCAUCACUCCCUCUUCCUCUGUCAUUUCAGUUAAUUCUUGCUCCUCGGUGAACUCAUUAUCUGAUAUCGCCCGUAACAUCUCUCCCGUUAGACCUGUGGAUUUCUCUAUUACUCAGGGUCAAAUAAUAACCCCAGACUCAGGGCAGGUAUUUCAAUUCUCUUCAAGGGAACGGUCCCAAAGCACCCUGGAGGGUGACUUUUUAUCGGAGAGCCAGGAAACGGGGCAUUCUUUUUUACGUCUCUAAGACCUUGCCUACUUUUCAUAAUUCUUUGUUUUGAAUUCAUAAUAUUAAUUGCUCUCUUCCAUUAAUUUGAAAUGAGAAAACUCCUAAGUCCAGAUAAUUCUCACCUAAUUGAUUUUCAGAAUUUAAUGUAAAAUUUUCUGUACGUUUAUUUGUUUCCAUUAUCUUAUAACUGUCAAAUUUUCAGGCAAUAAAAUUUUUCAUGAGCAUAAUACUUUCUUCAUAAUUUUGCCUGACCUCGACGCAUCUCUACGACUCAUGGAUGUUUACGGUGCUAAGACUUUUAUCUCCAUUGAACCGCUCCAAAAUUUCUCCUCAUAAGUCACUAUAGACUGAUUUAGUGACUACGUCAUCGACCCGAUGUCGCAUAUAUCGAUUAGGAUUUUGAAGGAAAGCAAAACAAUAACCUCAAAAUUAAACCAACUCAAAAUCACAUACUAAGACCACAUUAAUAGUGUUUACUUAUUUGUUUAAUAUGAAAACACAGAGAGACUGGCAUUUAUCAUUUUAUUUUUGAAUCAAAAACAUUGGGUAAACAACCAUGGAAUCAUUUUCAGCGGUUCAUGUUUUGAAGUAAUUAUUUUGUUUUCUUCCAAAAUCCGAAUCGAUACAUCGAUAUUGGAAGAAUUUAAGUCAUCACUAAAUCACUUUAUUUUCUGCGGCAACUGUCGUCAUUCCUCCUCAUUUUCUUUAGAAAGCUUUCUUCAUUUGCCAAUAAUAAUGUCAACGAUUUUUAAAUUAUACUCGUUCAUUUGAGGCGCUUUGAAGUCAAGGGGCCUGACUCCAUUGUGGCAUUGCGAUUUUUUUUAAAAAAAAAAGAAAAAAAAACCUAUAACAUAACAUUUCAGGCGAAUGUCAAAAAUAUUAGACCUGGUAAAUUUUGCGAGAGUGUGGAAAACCCCUAUUAUUCCUCCUACCUUGUAAAAUUUGCUUGUUGUCUCUUAAGACUGAAUGCGAAUUAUAUUUUACGUGAGAAAGUAUUUUACAGCUGUCGAUGAACUUGAUUUUGUUUGAAAACUUUUUUCUAAUUUUUGAUGCGUAAUACCUCCUAUUUGCAAAUGAAAACAAAGAAUAACCUGUUCUAUUUUACGAAAAAAAACUCGUUUAUUUCAAUAAGUAGCUCAACAGAUUUUUUCUCUUCAAAUAUUCACGUCUGAUUGCGUAUGUCCGAAAAUUUAUCAUUUUCUCUCAAUAUUUUUACUUGAAAAAAUUCCAAAACCUCUACGAGGGCAAGAAAGUUAAAAAA